GGCGACACCCGAGGGGGGCGGGUCAGGAAGUGGGGGCGCGGCAGCCGGGAGCGGGCCGGGGCGGCCGCGGCCGGGCAGACGCCGAGGUUGGGAGACUGCGGGCCGCUCGGCAGCCGGCGGGCCACCCGCGCCUCCGCGGACACGAUGGCGAAGGAAGAAGGAUCACCUGUAGAACUCCGCCAAAGGAAAAAGCCAAAGACUACAGGAAGUCAGGAAGCCAGAGCAGAGAAGAUCAGCACCCCGGUUCCUGAAAGAGCUCCAAAAUAUGUGUCAUUUCAGCGCUUUGCAAAGAUUUUUAUUGGCUGUCUUGCAGCUGUCAUUAGUGGUAUGAUGCAUGUUUUCUACUUAUCAGCAUAUCAUGAACGGAAAUUCUGGUUUUCCAACAGGCAGGAACUUGAACGAGAAAUCACAUUUCAGGGUGACAGUGCUAUUUAUUACUCCUAUUAUAAAGACAUGUUAAAGGCGCCUUCAUUUGAAAGAGGUAUGCACGAGCUGACGCACAAUAACAGAACCGUGUCCCUGAGGACCAUUAAUGCAGUGAGGCAGAUGUCACUGUACCCAGAGCUGGUUGCCAGUGUUCUCUACCAAGCAACUGGGAGCAACGAAAUGAUUGAACCAGUAUAUUUCUACAUUGGCAUUGUUUUUGGAUUACAAGGAAUAUAUGUUACAGCUUUAUUUGUUACAAGUUGGCUUAUGAGUGGCACAUGGUUAGCAGGAAUGCUUACUGUUGCGUGGUUCCUAAUUAACAGGGUAGAUACAACAAGAAUCGAAUACUCCAUUCCUUUAAGAGAAAACUGGGCUCUACCUUACUUUGCAUGCCAAGUUGCUGCACUUACAGGGUAUUUAAAAAGAAACUUAAAUACUUAUGCAGAGAGGUUUUGCUACCUGCUGAUGAGCGCCUCGACGUAUACUUUCAUGAUGGUGUGGGAGUACAGCCACUAUGUCUUGUUUCUUCAAGCAGUCUCUCUGCUGCUGCUGGACGUCUUCUCAGAGGAACAAGGUGACAAGGUUUAUGAAGUAUACAAGAUGUACAUAUUUUCUCUCUUCUUUGGGUAUUUACUACAAUUUGAGAAUCCAGCUUUAUUGGUGUCUCCUUUAUUAAGUUUAGUAGGCGCAUUGAUGCUUAUUAAGUGCCUUCAGCUGAAUGGGAAAAAAGGAACCUUUGUGGCUAAAGUAAUGAAAGUGUUUAAGUUUUACUUGGUAUGUGCUCUGCCACUGACCUUGAAUUUGAUAAUGAAGACAUUUGUCCCACACAAAGAAAAUGAACACGUGCUGAAGUUUCUGGAAGUAAAAUUUGGACUAAAUGUGACUAAGAGUUUCACCCUGAACUGGCUGCUCUGUCAAGAAUCUCUUCAGGCACCAUCUCAGGAUUUCUUUUUACGACUGACACAAUCUUCCCUAUUGCCAUUCUAUAUUUUAGUGUUAAGCAUUUGUCUUCUUUCUAUGACACAAGUUAUUUUUAGGAGAAUGAAUGGUAAAUCCCAGAAAGAAACUGUAACCCUUGAAGAUGGAAGAAUUGGAGAAAGGCCAGAAAUAAUUUAUCAUGUAAUUCAUACUCUUAUAUUGGGUUCUCUUGCAAUGCUCAUGGAAGGCUUGAAAUUCAUUUGGACUCCUUACGUGUGCAUGUUAGCAGCAUUUGGUGUAUGUUCCCCUGAACUUUGGAUGACACUUUUAAAGUGGCUUCGUUUAAGAACCGUACACCCAAUAUUGUUGGCUCUCAUUCUUAGCAUGGCUGUGCCCACUAUUAUAGGUCUAAGCUUGUGGAAAGAGUUUUUUCCAAGAUUAAUUACAGAAUUAACAGAACUACAGGAAUUCUAUGAUCCAGACACAGUGGAACUUAUGACCUGGAUAAAGAGGCAGGCUCCAGUUGCAGCUGUGUUUGCAGGAAGCCCACAAUUAAUGGGAGUGAUUAAGCUGUGUACUGGGUGGAUGGUGACGAGCCUGCCACUCUACAGUGACGAUGACCUUCUUAGGAGAAAUGAAAACAUUUACCAGAUCUAUUCAAAGCGAUCUGCCGAGGACAUUUAUAAAAUACUGACAUCUUACAAGGCUAACUACCUAAUCGUAGAAGAUGCCAUCUGCAAUGAGAUAGGAACGACCAGAGGCUGCAGGGUUAAGGACUUACUAGAUGUGGCAAAUGGCCAUGUGGUUUGUGAAGAAGGUGACAAAUUAACCUAUUCAAAGUAUGGACGGUUUUGUCAUGAGGUCAAAAUUAACUAUUCUCCAUAUGUGAAUUACUUCACUCGUGUGUACUGGAACAGAUCCUAUUUUGUAUAUAAAGUCAACACUGUGAUCUCCUUCCAGUCUUGAAAAUUACAGCCUUCCCUUCAGAGACCUGCUACUUGAAGUAAAAUGCAAUUUUCCGGACCUACAUGGAGCCUUGCAGAUGGAGUGUGGAUAUCUGGAAUUCUGCUGCUCUUCCCAUGCCUGCUGCUGAUUCCUGGGUUUAGGCUUUUGUUGGCAGCAGAAGACCAGGUGUCUCUGUCUGUGAGUACAAUCUCAAGUCCAGUGCUUCAGCCUUACUGAUAGCUUUCUUCCUUAGUACACGACUUAAAGAUUUCCCUCUUGCAUCAUCCCCUCAUAAAUCUUAUCUGUCAUAAUGUUGAUCUUUAAUUUGGAUAUUUUUCAAGGUCAGUGUUGACUCCAAAAACAUAAUUUUUAAUGAGUACUUAAUGUGAUUUAAUUCUAUAGUAGAGGAGAAAAAUUCUCCAAGCAAGUUUGUAACAGAUGUAAAUUAUUUACAAUUAAAAGUAACUUGAAUGUUAGUUGAAAAUAUGUGACAUUUAAAUUAAAAGGGAAAUAACGAAAGGAAAGUGUUUUUUAUGAUACUGUUCCUGUCAUCUGCUGCUCAAGUGACUUAGCACGCUCUCAGCAAUACAUAGGAUGAAUUAGUACUUAUUUCAUGACUACUAAGUGAUUGCCUUUUCUCAUUUAUGCCCAUUAAAUUGUUAGCAGCUUAAUCAUGCUAAAACAAUAACUUGUGUUGGUUUAUGCCUAUGUAUAUGUGUAUGUAUACAUAUGGACAUACACACAUAUAUGGACAUAUAUGCAUAUACACAUAUGUAUAUAUAUGGACAUUUAAAAGAAUUUUGUAGGGGUUUUUGGACUGUGGCUUAUACAACCUAAUCACGUGUUUUUUAUGGACAUAUUAAAUAAAAAUAAUUAAUACUGCCACAAUAAUAAUAUGUACACUACCAUGGAUACCAGUUUCUGGAGGUAUCUGCAGAUACUUUUAAACACACUUCUGCAUAUAGGUGUAUUGGUUAUAAAGUAUAACCAAUAAAGUGACGUUAUUUGUGAAACAUUGCAUGUUUAACAGUAAGAGCAAAAGGAGAGUUAAAUAAAAAUUUCAACAAUUCA